AUGUCUGAACAAGAUGUGAACCCAAGUAAAUAUAGUGAGCUGCAAAGUACCUUUAAAUACAAUAUCGAUAUAUAUAAUGCGUUGUAUCAGCUGAAAACGGAAAAUGAAGAAGAUUUAAACUCAAUUUACAAAAUAAUCAAAACAGAAUUGAUUGAUUCAAAGAAAUAUCUCCCUAAAAAUAUUAUAAGAGAUAUUUUAGAUAUCAUUCCGUAUAACAACCGCUAUACAAAGUCAUAUUUAUCUCUUGCCAAACUGAUAAUUAUCAUGUCACAGAGGUUGAUAGUGCUGAUUUAA